UGGCUUCUGGCCUGUGGGGAAGCCCCCGGGGGCGGGUGACCUCAGCUGGCCACGACCCAGCCGUCCCCCGUGCGUAUCUUGAUUAAGAUGGCAGCGGAGUCAGGGGAACUAAUCGGGGCUUGCGAGUUCAUGAAAGAUCGUUUAUAUUUUGCUACUCUAAGGAACAGACCAAAAAGCACAGUGAAUACCCACUAUUUCUCCAUCGAUGAGGAACUGGUCUAUGAAAAUUUCUAUGCAGAUUUUGGACCUCUGAACUUGGCAAUGGUGUACAGAUACUGCUGUAAACUAAACAAGAAACUAAAACCAAAGAAAAUUUUCAAGAAUAUCCCUUUCCUGGGAAAGUUGGAGUCAUAUAGUCUCUCAAGAAAGAAAAUAGUGCACUAUACCUGUUUUGAUCAACGGAAAAGAGCAAAUGCAGCGUUUUUGAUAGGUGCUUAUGCUGUAAUCUAUUUAAAGAAGACACCAGAAGAAGCCUACAGAGCACUCCUCUCUGGGUCAAACCCCCCCUAUCUUCCAUUCAGGGAUGCUUCCUUUGGAAUUUGCACAUACAGUCUUACCAUCCUUGACUGUUUGCAGGGAAUCAGAAAGGCAUUACAGCAUGGAUUUUUUGACUUUGAGACAUUCGACGUGGAUGAAUAUGAGCAUUAUGAGCGAGUUGAAAAUGGUGACUUCAACUGGAUUGUUCCAGGAAAGUUUUUAGCAUUUAGUGGACCACAUCCAAAAAGCAAAAUUGAAAAUGGUUAUCCUCUUCAUGCCCCCGAAGCCUACUUUCCUUACUUCAAAAAGCAUAAUGUAACUGCAAUCGUGAGGCUGAACAAGAAGAUUUACGAGGCGAAGCGCUUCACAGACGCGGGCUUCGAGCACUAUGACCUGUUCUUCAUCGACGGCAGCACUCCCAGUGACAACAUCGUGAGAAGGUUCCUGAGUAUCUGUGAGAACACGGACGGGGCCAUAGCCGUUCACUGCAAAGCUGGUCUUGGAAGAACAGGGACAUUGAUAGCCUGUUAUGUCAUGAAACACUACAGGUUUACACAUGCUGAAAUAAUUGCUUGGAUCAGAAUCUGCCGGCCGGGCUCCAUUAUAGGACCCCAGCAGCACUUCCUGGAAGAAAAACAGGCAUCCUUGUGGGUCCAAGGAGACAUUUUCCGAUCCAAGCUAAAAAACAGACCAUCCAGUGAAGGAAGUAUCAACAAAAUUCUUUCUAGCUUGGAUGAUAUGUCUAUUGGUGGAAACUUACCUAAAAUACAAAAUCUGGAAAGAUUUGGAGAGAAUAAUUUAGAAGAGGAUGAAGAUGUGGAAAUGAAAAGUAAUAUAACCCAGGGAGACAAACUACGUGCCUUAAAAAGUCAGAGACAGCCACAUUCCUCACCAUCCUGUGCCUAUAGGUUGGAUGAUGUGAAAGGGCACCCAAGAGCAGUGUCCCAACUUUUCAGAUUGAGUUCUUCCCUACAAAUAUCUGCAUCUACUCUGAAGACCUCAAAAACAGCGUUGUCCCCUUCAGCAACGGCCAAGAGGGUAAACAGAGGCUCUUUGUCUUCUGGUGCCCAUGUAAGAAGCUUUUCCAUAAACUCCCGGCUAGCCAGUUCUCUAGGGAACUUGAAUGCUGCAACAGACGAUCCAGAGAACAAAAAGGCCUCCUCGUCCUCUAAGGCAGGUUUUGGAGUCACCCCGCUCACCAGCCUCUUGAAUGAUGGCUCCCAGCCGCCUGCCAGAAACCAACCCGAGCUCAACAACAACCUGUACAGCAGAAGCGCCAGCAGCCCUGGGAGUCCCCUGGGCAGCCAGCCCAGCCCCCACAGCACCAAGACGGAGGAUCCCCCCGCCAUCCUCCGGCCUUCCUACUCCAGCCUCUCGUCUUCCUCAGCAAGAUUUCUGAGCCGUUCGAUUCCUAGAACAAGAUUUCUUGAUGGGAGCUUAUAUUUUGACAUAAAAAUUUUGGGCUGCAAGUAUAAGGGUGAUCGAGAAUGUUCGGUUGAUGCUUGAAGAGUGUGGGCUUUCAGCCAGAUGACCAGAGUUCAAACUGUAGCUAUACCAUGUCCUAGUUGCAUGAUCUUGAGCAAGUAACUUCACUGCUUUUGCCUCAGUUUCCCCAUCUGUAAAAUGAGUUGUCUGGAGCACCUAAUGAAUUAAUACAUGUAGAAUGCUUGGAACUACGCCUGGUGUAUUCAAAGGACUAUCACAGAAUAAUCAACCUGUUCAGUUAUAUAUUUCACUUAGUAAGAAUUCCAGAUAGUUUUACCUCAAUUAGUCUAUUUUUUGAAUAAUAAAAUCAACAGCAAUAAUGAUAUUAUUUAUGGAGUAUAAAAUGUAUUUGCAUUUUUACUAUAAAAAUUAAAAAUGCUCAUAACUGGCUAUUGUGUUUCCUGGUAUGUUAGUAACUUUAAGAUAGAAAUACAUUUGGAAUGCAAAUGAGAGCCAGAGACCCUCAGUACAAUCCCAUCAUGUAAGCAUGUGAAGUCAGCCCACACUAUUGCUUCUCCAGUGAAAAGGCCUGGAAAUACUAGUUAUGAUCUUGUAAAGUGAAUAGAUGGUGUAGAUUUUAACAAUUCUGUCUCUUCCCUAAGUCCACUUCCAAUUAAGAUUUUUGUUUUAGAUGGAAAAUGAAAAGAAGUUAGCUUGUUACAAAAUACUGAUGUCAGAAUAAUUUGCUAGAUCCUUUUAUUGAUUUCUUAUUUCCUUUAACUUUCUUUACACCAUAUAAAGAAAGCAUGGGAACUUGAUGAUAGGGGAAGUCUAGUAAACAUAAUGUUGCUCAUGUAAUUGUAGAUUAAUGAUACCAAAAUAAAAUAAAAUAAAAGAAAGAAAACAUGGGGUAUGUUCUGUUUCAAGAACUUUGGUAUCAUAUUUUUAUCCCCCAGUGCCAAAUAUUUUGAUGUUUUAUAUAUAUAUAUAUAACAAUAAUUAUUUGUUGAAUGAAUUAACUAGCACUACAGAAGGUCCAUUCCCAGCCAGAUCUUGUCUUCAUUUGUUUGCAGAGGUCUGCAGAGCCAUUUAGGCAACAUAAUGAGCAAAUUGAGUGGGUGACAAAGGAAAUAGUAGGGAUUGUGGUAAACUCUAUCUGCAGGCUGGAUUAAACAGCAGCCAGAGUUUGUGACCUCAGCUGUGUGUAAGGAAAGGCUUCUGCCAGAAGGCUAAUGAAUAUGUACUUCAUAUCAAAGAUAAACAUCUUUAAAGUUAUUCUGGAUUAUUUCUGUUUUUCAGUUCAGUGGGUUCAUGAUUUCCAUUAAAUAAAUAUAUGUACACACACACAUAUUUACCCCCUAUAUACUAAUGCAUAUAUAAAAUACUUUAUCCUGGAAGUUAAACAAAGUUCAACAAAGUUCACUUGACUACUAUCUGUUCAUUUGUUGUAUCUCUGUUUAUUGAGAACUGAUGGAACUCAAGAGGUGCUUGCAGAAGCAACUUUGUUCUAAAUUUACAAGUGUCUGAGGAUCAGCUUUGUAAUAUCUGUUCGUGAUAACAUGAAUAACUGUUCUAAUUAAAACAAAAGCAGAAGUUCAAAUUCCCAAGAAAUCACUGCAUGCACGGCCUGCAUGUGUGGCAUCCUUGCAGCUGGGGAGACCACCUGGCUUUGCCCUCUCUGCCUGCUUGCCAGACUUCAGAAGAAACUGGGAGAAAGCAGCAAGGAAAAUGAUAGCUCGUUUUAAGCUCUAAGUGCUAGGAGGCAACUGAUGUCCUACUUGUUAACUGUGUAGGGGCUUCAAGGCGUUGGCCCAGUUUCACUGGGUUUUCUCACAGUCUUCCCUCUUUGAUUCUCCCUCUGAGUUCAGGUAUAUUUACAUUAUGUUGCCCUAAUUGUUGAUAUCUCUCCUGUUGUGAAGCCGUGGCAUCAACCACCUCUUGCAUUGAAACAGUCAACUUGCCAAGCCUUUUCCAUUUUUUUUUUUAGCAACUUUUGGCAUUAACCUCUUCCUUGAAACUUGCAGCUUGAGAACCCCCCAAACCUUCCCCUUACCAUGCUUUGCCUAUUCCUUUGCUUGUGCACAAUGUUGCUCUUUAUUUGAUGUUGACAUUUCUGUCUUUCCAUGUGAUGGCUUUAUGACAGUGUGGGCUUUUGCCCUUUGUCAGGGACCAUAAUUUUUGACUCAUGUUGUUGAUAAAUACUUGCUUAGUAAACUGCUGUUGAUCAGGUAUGAAGUUCACUGGGAUUUUAAGCUGAACAAAGAUAGUUUGAUAGUUUGAAUAAAUUAUUUGCAAAAUGGAUGGCUUUUUUUACUGAUUUCUAUACCAUCAACAAGAUGACCAGUCUAAUUUAUAAGACCUAUUAAUAAAAUGCUGCAAUUAAUUUCAAAAAUAAUAAUUGGGGGAGAAGAAAAGGGAAUUUGGUAGCAAAUCAAGUAAACUUUGUUGUUCUAAGGUUAUUUGAUUAGAAGAAUCGUGCAAAGAAAAUUGUUAGAGUGAUUUAUGUUCCUUCUAAAUGCCAUUUGCUUCUAAAAAAAUAACUGGGAAUUUUUCUCUACUUCUCUUUAUCUUUUCCUGUCUAUUAUCAAUGCAUUCUGAGUACAUAUACAAUCAUGCUCCUUUUUUAUGCCAUCUAAUAUGAUGUAGGAAGAACUUGACUUGUUUACUUUUCUUGAAAGUAAACACUGUUAUUAUGUUCUGCACAAAUGCUUUUAGGUCUUAGGAUCAGAUUUCAAAGCUAAUGUUCUUUGUGUCCCCCUAAAUAAAAAGGAUUUAUAAUGAUAUUCAUUAAUUCAAACAUUCUUAAGGAAUUUAUUUAAAUGACUGCAUUAGAAGUAUUAACAUUCAUUUGAUAGAUAUUGAAUAUAUACAUUCUUAAAGGAUAUUUUAAUAAUCUUCAGUUUAGUUAAAAAUGUCAUUUAAUAUUGAAUAAAAUGCAGUAUUGUUACACAAAGGCUUAGAAGUGAGUUUCAUAUUACAUAUCAAUUUUCAAGCAAUACUUAAUUUUUAAAUCACUAUUAGUAAGCCUUUGAAAAUAGGAAGUUUUCUAACAAUCACUUUAUAUAAUUGAAUAUCUCAUUCUUAGUAAAUAAUUUGUUCUCCUCAUUUUUUUCUUAGUUUAUUUCAUUUAUCCUUUACAUAAUAGACCCAAAGUGCCUUGUGUUAAAGGAAGAAGCUGCAUGAUAUAUGAGAAGUUUUGUAUGUGAUGGAAUUUAA